CAGGAUUAAAGAUGGCACCGUCUCACGCGUUCCGCUGCUGCAAACGGGCUCUAAACUGGAUACCUGUCCUGUUCAUUAACCUGGUUGUUGGCUGGUCCUAUUACGCUUAUGUCGUGGAACUCUGUGUGUAUACAAUCCUAAAUGAUGCAGAGCGAGUCAGCUAUCUGGUUGUCUUUCAUAUUUUCCUCGCCAUGUUUGUAUGGUCAUACUGGAAAACCAUCUGGUCCAAACCAGCCAACCCUUCAAUAGCAUUUGCUCUGCCCAGAGCUGAGAAGGACCUGUAUGAGAAGGAGCAGCGGGCUGAAGUACAGCAGGGUAUCCUGAAGAGGGUUGCGAGGAAUUUACCCGUGUACACGCGCACAGCAGGAGGAGCUGUCAGAUACUGCGACAUCUGCCAAAUAAUCAAACCUGAUCGCUGCCAUCACUGCUCAACCUGUGAAAUGUGUGUCUUGAAAAUGGACCACCACUGCCCCUGGGUGAAUAACUGUGUCGGCUUCUCAAACUACAAAUACUUCGUCCUGUUCUUGGCUUAUGCCACACUCUACUGUGUAGUCAUUUGUGCAACCGUCAUGCGAUAUUUUAUUAAAUUCUGGACCAAACAGCUGCCUGAGACGCACGCCAAAUUCCACAUCUUGUUUCUGUUUUUUGUGGCAGCCCUGUUCUUCAUCAGCAUCAUGUCACUUCUCAGCUACCAUCUGUGGCUUGUGGGAAAGAACCGGACGACUAUAGAGGCUUUUAGGGCUCCUGUCUUCCCCAACGGUCCAGACAAAAAUGGAUUUUCUCUCGGCUUUAGCAGGAAUGUAGUUGAGGUGUUCGGAGACCAAGCAAAGUACUGGACUUUUCCUGUUUUCUCCAGUCAGGGAGAUGGACAUUCUUUUGUCACUAGACUGGUCCACAUAGAUCCUGAACAAGCAAACCAUGUCCUUCAGCAGAAUGGCAAAAUCCUUUCUGAAUGCGAGAACAACCCUUGUGCACUUGGUAACAACGUGCAACACACACAGGACAGCAGCACAGAGAAAGCAGAUGGAGGCCAGAUAGUUGCUGUGACUGUGGACAGCGAGCCCUAGUGUGCAUAUGGAUGCUAAUUUUUGAGUUUCUCUGGUUUGUCGUCAUCAUGCGUUCAUCUGUGUUUUGUCAGCUGUGGUUGCAGCUGCAGGCACAUGUGCAAACCUCUCUCUGGGAUGCCUUAAACCAGGAGCAUCAGCACCUCCACAGGAGCAAUCCUCCACCAUCGUUUCACUGCAGCCUCAAACAUGUUUUGUAUUCAGGUUUUGUUAUGCAAGCCAGAAAGACCAUCCUUGGCCCCACAACAAACUGUUGUCAUGACAACAGUGACUAUAGCCACUUUGUAGACUGCACCAGUCUGAGGUGAUUUUUGUCUUUGUUAUUAACCAAAAACAUUAAAAUGUUUUAUUAUUGCAUCUAAAGAUCUCUGAGAGCCAAUGUAUGUCUUCACUUUCCAGGUAUAUGUGCAUACAGAAAUCCCUUAACACAGUUCAGCUAGAGAUGUGUCCUUCGCCAGUAUUAAUCAAGCUUUUGAUAAUGAAACUAUAGAUUAGGGGUAUGUUUUUAGAGCUACUAAAUCAAAAGUUGAUAUGACGAUAAAAAGACGGUUCAACAAUGUUGAUUUCGGCAGUAUGUCACUUUUCAACUCUAAGCACAGUGCAAUUAAGACUACGGAUAAUUUAUCAAAUGUUGAGAUGCUCAAUAAUAUUUCAAGCUUUUUCUGUUUACAUUUUUUUACGGGUGUUUUUUUUUUUACUUUUUGCUUUUUAUAUGG